AGCCCCUCCCUCCCUCAGUCUCAGUGCAGCAGUUCACAGGAAGCGGCCCAGCUGUCAGUGACUUUUGCCUAUACACACUCACGCCUGCUCUCGGUUCUUCAGUGACUGCCGAGGGACGUGCUGGAGGGUGCGCCCGGGGAUUGAGUGCGCCAGUAGCGUCGAACCAUCCAGUGAUGCCUCAUCCAACCUGGAGAGAAGGCUUAUAGUCAACUCGUUCUUCUUCCCUUCUUCAAUAAUGAGAAAAGACCGUCUCUUCUUGGCCGUAACCCUCACCGCCAUCUUCUCCGCCGACCUCUACUUCAUCCUCUUGCCGAAGCUGCGGAACGCCGGAGAAGGAUCAGGACGCUUUUGUUCGUGCCGCCGCAGCAACUUCAGCCUCGCCAGUCAGUUCUCCAACUGGACUUCUUUGACGCUCCAGGACCUGGACCCUUCUGGACGCGGCAAUGGGAGCUCCAAGCUUGACGGGUUGUUCACCCAUCCUCUGUAUAACAUGGAGAACCCCACGGUGGCCCCAGCGGAGAAGCUGCUGCAGUUGGACCAGCUGAUGGACUACUACAGGAAGAAAGUGUCACGAUGGGAAAGACACAUGAAGCUCUACAACGAAGCUGUAGCCGCUUCCAACAUCACCGUGACCGACUACCAAGUGGCCUUCGACCCGGACGCCAACUGGCUCAAGUUCCACGCAGGAAUAAGCCGCCACGCUCUGUACUCCCGCAGUGACCCCGCUAUCGCACGGCUGCUCCUGGACAUGCGCGACAUGACAGUGAUCAACUCAGAUUUCACUCAAGAUGAGAAGGCCCUGAAAGGAACGUGUGACUGCAGCCAAGUGGUGAAGCCCAGUGGACACCACCUGAAACUGGCGCUGAAGAUGCAGAACUUUGGCAAGGCCAUGUUCAAGCCAAUGAGGCAGCAGAGGGACGAGGAGACUCCAGAAGACGUCUUUUUCUUUGUCGAUGUCCAGAGACACAAUGCAGAGAUUGCUGCGUUUCACCUGGACAGGAUCCUGGACUUCCGAAGAGUUCCACCGGUAGUUGGCAGGUUUCUGAACCUCACCGGCGAAGUUCUCCAAGUGACCCGAAAUGACGACCUUCGGGCUGUCUUCUUCACCUCACCUGCAAACAACACUUGUUUUUUCGCCAAAUGCCUGUACGUAUGCAAGACAGAAUACGCAGUCUGCGGGAGCCCCGACCUCCUGGAAGGUUCCCUCUCGGCCUACCUCCCCGGCCUCAGCAUCGCCCCCCGCAUCUCCAUCCCCAACCCUUGGAUACGCUCGUACACCUUCACCGGGCAGGAAGAGUGGCAGGUGAAUCCAUCGUACUGCGACACCAUCAAGAAACUUUAUCCUUACAACUCGGGCAACCGGCUCCUCAACAUCAUCGACAUGUCCAUCUUUGACUUCCUUAUGGGCAACAUGGACCGACACCACUAUGAGAUUUUCACCAAAUUUGGUGAUGAAGGAUUUCUUCUCCACCUGGACAAUGCAAGAGGAUUUGGGAAGCACAGCAAAGAUGAGAUGUCCAUCCUUGCCCCAUUAUCUCAGUGCUGCAUGAUAAAGCGUUCCACCCUCCUGAGGCUCCAGCUCUUGGCCCAACCGCAGUUCAGACUAAGCGACGUAAUGAGGGAGUCUCUGCAAAAAGACCCCCUGCAGCCCAUCCUAACAGAAGCGCACCUCUCAGCCCUGGAUCGCCGGCUCAUAAAGAUCCUGAGAGCGGUCCAGCGCUGCACGCGCAAGCUGGGCGACAACCGGGUCAUCACUGAUGACUUUGUUCGAGCCACAGUGAAUCCUCGGGCCUACGCAGAGAGCAAAAAGGCCAGGUAGCGGCGGAGGAUGGAACUCUACUCCGCUUUUUUUAAGACUUCGUGAUGAAGUGCAGUCGUUUCAAUUUUAAUGGAACAAGUCAGGAUUUGGGGGGGUCAUUCUCAAAACCUGGCCACAGAUGGGGUGUGUUGACUUUUUAACAGCUCCAUGUCACACUCUACUGGCCAAUGUGGAAAAUGAACAUAUUCCCCCCCCCAAAAAAAAAA